AGAGGGAAGUCCCGGGACAGGACAUUAAAUCGUGGUGUUGUGCAGGAAAACGGCGAGUGGCGCUUCUGGCGCCGUUAGAGCUUGUCGGUAAAAAUGAGCUCCUUCGAGGGCCGCAUGAAAGAGUAUUCCUAUAUUUCCCUGGAUCGCUUCGAUAGGGAGAAUCUGCAUUCCAGAGCCUAUUUCCUCUCGCACUGCCACAAAGAUCAUAUGAAAGGACUGAAGGGACCUCUCCUGAAAAGGAAACUGAAAUUCAGUACAACAGUCAAACUGUACUGUUCACCUGUGACCAAGGAGCUUCUUCUGAGCAAUCCAAAGUAUGGCUUCUGGGAAAAGCAUAUUGUUGCCCUUGAACUGGAAAAUCCAACACAAAUAUCUCUGGUUGAUGAAAUUUCAGGAGAGAAAGAGGAUGUUGUCGUAACACUACUUCCAGCUGGUCACUGUCCAGGAUCUGUCAUGUUCCUGAUUGAGGGUGACCAAGGCACAGUACUCUACACGGGCGACUUCAGGCUGGCGGAGGGCGAAGCAGCCAGGAUGGAAUUCUUGCACGCAGGGAACAGGGUUAAAGACGUCCAAAGCGUUUAUCUGGACACGACGUUUUUUGACCCUCGGUACUUUGCGAUACCAAGUAGGGAGAAGUGUUUAGAAGGAAUACGGGAGCUGGUGAAAGACUGGAUCACGCUCAGUCCGUACCACGUUGUGUGGUUCAACUGUAAAGCAGCUUAUGGGUACGAGUACCUCUUCACCAAUCUCUGCGAGGAGUUUGGCUGUCAGGUUCACAUCAACAGCGUGAAGAUGUUUGAGAUGAUGCCCGACAUCCUGAGUCACGUGACCACCAGCCGCGAGACCCAGAUCCACGCGUGCAGACACCCUAACGGUGAGGAGUACAUCAAAGGCAACAGGCUGCCUUGUGGUAGUAAAUCCCCAGAUGGAAAGCCGCUGCACAUCAUCAGCAUCAAGCCCUCCACCAUGUGGUUUGGACACAGGACCAGGAGAACCAGCGUUGUUAUGAGAGUGGGACGCAGUUCUUACCGAGCCUGCUUCUCAUUCCACUCAUCAUAUUCUGAGAUUAAAGACUUCAUGUCCCACAUCUGCCCUGUCAGCAUAUAUCCCAAUGUUAUCCCAUUUGGAAAAACUGUGCAAGAUCUACUAGAAAUGUUAAAACCACUGUGUAGGGAAAACAGCAGAAAGGGAUUUGUGGACUACAGACCUCUAGGGACUCUUAAAAGGGCAAAAGUGGAAUAUACUUCUGAAGACUCUGACAGUGAAUGUGACCUUUUUGAUGAAGUCGAUUUGAGCGCCCAGAGAAGAAAAGCAGGAAGUUGGAAAAAUUGGAAGACCAAUUGCCUCACGCUCCCACCCUCAGAGAAGACCACUUCUUUUAGGCGUGAUGAUGAGAACCGGGCUGAGCUGAACGUCGAGCAGCUGAAGUACAACUAUGUGGAGUGCACCGAAUCUAACGAUGACGAGGACGAUGAAGAAGAGAAUGAUGAGGAUGAGCUUCCGGACUGUUGUUCACCUACAGACAAAUCUACCGAAACCUCAGAUGAUCAAUGCAUUUCCAGGGGGGAGGUGCAGAAUGGGACGGAUGUCGGCCGUCCGGAAUCCACUCCUCCAAAAUGGGAGACGUUUUUCAGCGCCGAUGUGCUGUCGGCGGAUGAAAGCGUCGAGCUUGAGAGCAGCCAAGGACAAAAGCUGGAGUCCUCGCAGUCUCCAGCGCUGUUCAGUGAAUCAGACGAUGACUCCAUACACCCGUCAUCCCAGUCCACCCACAUCUCGGAACCUGACACCGAAAGCCAGUUCGCCACGCUCCUCCUUCCCAUGGAGGAGAGAAAAAUAGCACUGCUGAGGGACACACACACAGAAGUAGACAAUUUGAGAGCGAGGGGAGUCCUUUUAGACACGAGAGACACGUGUCCUGUGUCUAGCAAUGGCUCUGCUCACAAGAAGGACAAGGACCACACUGCACAACCGUCUCGAGAGGAAAAAUUCAAAUCUCAGGCUUCCUCUGAUUUUGAGAUACCUCCAACACCUGAAUCCAAAGUCCCUCCAUUGGAAGACCUGAAGGAGCUCUACAAGAAGCUGGCUGCUGGAGAGGGACCUGGUCUUCAAGAGGAACAGUCAGGGAUCAGUCUGAAAGAUCCCAAUUUGGCUCAGUUCUUGCAACAAUGAGCAUUUCUCCUACAUGGGGAACAUCAGUUUGCCAUUUUUUCCAAAGUUCACGCAUGGAAUUAAUGAAGAGAUGUUCUGUUGCAGGAAGUCAAUCUUUGUCACCAUGAGUCUGAAUAUUUCAAAGGUCACUGCAGACAUUCCCCUGGAUGUCCUCUGCUUUACAAAAGUUGCACAUUUGUUCCUGUUUUGACAUUCCAUCUUUAUUCUACCUCCUGUAACUUCAGUUGCAAUAUUUUACUGUCCCAGUAUAAAAUGGUAGCUUUUUUUUUUUUUUAACAAUAAAAUGGUUGUUGCCUUACUGCCACAAGACAACAACAGAUGAAAAAUUAAUUUUACAACUGUUUUUCCAUAUUUUCAGUAUGGUCUUUAGCUCCUUGUCUCCCUUUCUGCUCCUCUUCACUAUUGCCUUAUUUACUCAGAUCACUGCAGACAUUUUCAGGUCUGAUAGAUUCACUUGUGGGUUUGUAGAGGAAGCAGAUGUUAUUGCAUUUUUUUUUUUUUAAUAUAACAGACUUGUCAUAAGAAAGAAGACACUUGCACUUGGUUCUCUGCAUCCAAGGAAAAUUAUGCCACAGCUGUUGCUCCUGGGCCUAUUUUUUGGCCUCAGACAAGUCAACACUUAAAGAAUCUUUUGCAUCAAAACAAACUUUCAAGAUAAAAAAUAUAAUAAAUCACAUAAACAAAAAGAAAAUUGAAUUACAGAACCAGCAUGCAGAACAAAUCACCUGACACUAAACUUGACAAAAAAAAAAUAAUCACAUAAGAACAAUCUCAUUCAUCACCACCCAGAAAGCAUAAAAAUACUUGCAUGAAAUAAAAGACCCUUGCUGUUCAGAUCAUAUACGGAAAGCUGUCAUUUUCCCACAGAUCAGCUUUUUCAUUUUUCAAUUUUGUAAACUUUGGUUUGUAGUACAGCAAUGUCAACAUGUGUUUACCUGCUAAGCCAAUACAAGUUAAUAAAAUGCACUCAAACAAGA